UGACACUGGCAUAUCGCUGUGUGAAAAUGCAAUGUUGAUUGUGAAAUCUGAAAAUCUCGUUUGUUGAUUCGAAGUGAUUGUGCUCAAGUUUGAUACUCGGCCUUAUAAAAUAUUUUGAAUAAAGAGAAUGCCGCCGAGUAGUUUACGAGUCGUGUACGCGUUCGCAAGAGAAAUGCACCCAAAAACGACCGACAUUUUUAUUCAAUACGGUACUGCCGGAUUCCGCACAAAAGCCAGUCUACUUGAACAUGUAGUCUAUCGCAUGGGACUACUUGCUGUUUUACGAUCGAGGUGUAAAAAUGGUCGUACGAUCGGAAUGAUGAUCACAGCUUCACAUAACUUAGAACCAGACAAUGGCGUCAAAUUAAUCGAUCCUGAUGGUGAAAUGCUCGAAGAAAGUUGGGAAGAGAUUGCUACAAGGCUCGCUAAUGUCAGUGACAAUGACUUAGAAUCAACAACUGAGCAAAUCAUCAAACAAGUCAACGCCGACAUGGCACUGAAAGCCAGUGUCUACAUUGGAAUGGACACCAGGUACACAAGUCCACGUCUGGCUGCCGCGGCCGUUCACGGUGUAAUGGCUUUGAAGGGGACCGCUAAAGAGUUUGGUAUUGUCACUACCCCCAUUUUACACUUUUGUGUAAAAUGUCGUAAUGAUAAUACAUAUGGGACGCCUACGGAAGAAGGUUAUUACGAAAAAAUCGUAGGCGCAUUCAAAAGUAUUCGCCAGAAGUUACCGGUCUGUGGUAAUUACAAUACCACAUUAUACGUGGAUGGUGCAAAUGGUGUUGGAGGGAAGAAAUUAAAUAUAAUUAAGAAGACAUUGGACGGUGAACUCGACUUAGUCCUGUACAAUUUGGGCGGAAAUGGCGGAAAACUUAAUUUAAAUUGUGGCGCAGAUUUUGUGAAAGUAUCACAGAAGCCGCCAGUGGGCGUUGAACACGUUCCUUACCAACGUGUAGCCUCUUUGGACGGAGAUGGAGACAGAAUCGUGUAUUAUUAUGUUGAUGACAGUAACAAUAUGCGACUAUUAGAUGGAGAUCGCAUAGCAACAUUAUUAGCCAGUUACAUAACAGAACUACUUAAAGGGUGCGAUGCGCACUUACGAUUGGGUUUAGUGCAAACAGCGUAUGCGAAUGGCGCCUCUACCAAAUACAUUACUGAGGACUUGAAAGUACCAGUAACGUGCGUAAAGACGGGUGUAAAACAUUUACAUCACGCAGCUUUAUCCUAUGACAUAGGAGUGUAUUUUGAAGCCAAUGGACAUGGGACUGUAGUGUAUAGUGAUGUCACGAAAAAUACUAUAGCUAAAAUUGCUCAGGAGGGUGACACGGAACAAAGAAAAGCGGCUCAAUUAUUACUAAGUUUCAUCGACUUGACCAAUGAGACUGUCGGAGAUGCAAUUUCUGAUCUUUUCUUGGUUGAAACAGUACUUUGUGCCAGAGGACAUGACGUCAGACAGUGGAUGGAGAUAUAUAAUGACCUACCCAGUAGACAGUUGAAGGUUACAGUUGAGGACCGCAAUGCUAUCAAAACAACGGACGCGGAACGAAAGUGUACGUCGCCGGAAUCGUUACAGGAACGUGUAGAUGCGUUGGUAUCUACGUACACCAGCGGGCGUGCGUUCGUACGUCCGUCCGGUACUGAAGAUAUUAUACGGGUUUACGCCGAGGCUGAUACGCAAGAGUCUGCAGAUAAAUUAGCAGCGGAAGUAUCUCAGGCAGUUUACGACUUAGCAGGUGGAGUUGGGGAUAGACCGACUAUAUCAGCUUAAGAACUGCGAUAAAGGGAAACCUGCUGUGGAAAAUUCUUAAUAUCAGGUUAUUUUAGAAAUGAACCUCAUCACAGAAUAAGAAAAUUUAUUUUACCAUACUACUAAAUAAUUUGUAGUGGAGGACAAGUUAGAAUAAAAUUAGUUUAUAAUAAGAAUAUAUUUUAACCCUGCCUGGGUAAAAAAGACGUAAAAUUGUGUUCUUUUAUGUUAAGUAGGGUACAAAAUUACUUUUUUUUAUUAUAAAUAGUCUACAAUCACAAUUGUGGUGGCUUUUCUAGCCUUUAAAAAGCAUUAAUUUAACUGAAAUGAAUAACUAUUUAUUUUGAUAUUAUAUAGCUGAAGAAUUUGUUCAACGCGCUAAUUUCAGGAAAUGUUUCGAAUUGAAUAAUGUUUUUGUGUGUGAUAGUCCAUUUAUCAAAGAAUUAACGCGGAUAAAAUCAGGGCAAUUAAUAAAGACUUUAAUACAAUUAUUAAUUAUUAACAUUCUGUUUUAUUAUCAAAAUCACCGAUAACUUUAAGUUAAAUCCUAUUGUUUUAUUCUGGACCAAAUGUUUAGUUGAAUCUAGACAAAAGUGAAUAUUUUUAAAAUUAUACACUAUAUACUUUAAUUUAAGUACUAUUAAAAAACAAUUGGAUUUCAAUUUUUACUUACUGUCUGAAUAAUUUAGUGGCAGCUUUUUGUCAUGACAAAUAUGCCCGUUCAAUAUAUUAUGAGGAAUUCUUAAUCUCUGACAAAUUAUUUGCUUAUAUGUUUUAAUACCAUGUAAGCACCCAUAUUUUAUUUUUAAAGUUCAUUUGACUGUAUGUGUUAUAGUUUUCUAUCCAGGGUAGGAAGGAUAAGUUAUGACAUUUUACUUAUGUAAUAAUAGUCCAUUUAGGAGUAGCAUUACAAUAAAUUCUACAUGGAAUGGAACAGAUAAAUAUAAGCAACUUAAGUCACAAGAGAACGAGAACAACCAUUUUGUUUAAAGUAAAUGUAGGAUUAACAACUAACCGAAAGCUCUUAUUUGUCUAAUCCAUUAUUGUAUCUUUUUUGAAAGUAAUAGUUAUUUAAGUACCAUUAAGAGUGACAAACACAUGAUUAAUUUUUAGUAGCUAAUUGAUGCAUAAUUUGCUAUAGCUCUAAAUCAAUUAGAAUACUAGUCUAUUGAGAUUAAGUGUACAACAUUUAACUAGUCGCAAGAAAUUCUUGACAAAUGUUAAAUUGAGAUUUUUUGCACAAAGAAAAAAUUUAUUAAUUUGCCAGUUAGGUAAAUCAAUAAAAUUGCUCAUCUUUUGACUUGUAAUUAAACGCUUAAUAAAAUGUAUAAUGCUGCUAGCUUUUAUAUUUUAGUGAUUCAGAGCAAUGCAUUAGUUCCAUUAAUAAAAAUCUAUUAAUAGUUUUUUGGUAUCAUUAUAAGAGCUACUUACUUAGCUUUAUUAAAAAACUGCCAGAAUUUAAAAUUCUAUUGCUAGGGCCCAAUACAUUUUAUAAUGUACUGUGAUUGUAGUAUUGUAAUAAUUUUUCACCUUAUAAGCUCUCUGCACAAUUAACAUAUAAAAAGGAGAUUUAUAUCAGGAUUUGUGAAACCUUUAAACUCAUAAAGAUUUUACAAAAGUGAUUAUGUCAAUUAGCAGAGAUUUAAAUAACUUAAUUUGCAGUAGAGGUAUUUAUGUAUGACAUUUAUGGUAAAAAAUGUGCCAUUGUUAGAUGAGUGAUCUUAUUCUUUUGUUGUAAUAUUUCAGUCAGUUGGAGGUGCAUAAAUAAUAGUGCUGUUAUUGUUUUACGCAAAGGACUAAAUUAUAAAACAUCAGUAGUUGCAAACAUGGUUUAAAUCUCUGCUAGUUAGUUUUCUUGUAAAUUACUAAAAAGAUAUUUAAUUUUGUUUUUAAAAUCUGUUUUAAACCAAGAUUUUUUAGGUCUUGUUAAAAAGAAUUUGUAUACAUAUUAUAAAGUAUACAAUUUAAAAAUCCCCAAUUUAUUAAUGUUUAAUUUUAAAAGCAGCCAUUAUUUAGGAAUCGAUCAAAAGAAUACACUGGUUAUGAUAAUUAUUAUAAAAUUAAUUUACUUAAUCGAAUUUAUUUUAAAAUUAUUGAUUAUUUUAAUGCAACUAACCAAAUUUAAUGUAUAUAUAUACAUAUUGUAUUGUUUUACUAACAUUAUUUUGUUUGGUAACAGGUAAAAUAUGUAAUAUAAAAGCCAGUUUCAAAUUAAUUAUGUUACAUUAUUGAAUGUAUAAUUGAAUAUAUGAACAGAAAUUACAAUUUUUUAAGGAACAGGUCUCUUGUAUUGUAAAUUAUCUGAGCUCUUAUCUGCCUCCACUGAUAGCAAAUACGUGAAAAAUUUAACCAACAUUGAUAAAAGAUAUGAGAUAGAAAAUUUUAUUUAUGUAUAAAUAUAGCUUUAUCUUGGAUGUCAUGUAGAUUAUCUUUGGAUACUGUAUGUGUAUAAAACAAUUUUAUUAUGAGUAUUUUUAAAUUUUAGAUCUUGGACACUACAUUAGAAGCUACUACCAUUUUCAAAGAAAUCACACUUAAAUAAGUUAUUUUAAGAAAAUCUAAAAUUUCAGUUGCAUGCAAUAUUUUGUUGGAAAUGUUUAAUAAAAAUGUAUCACUUUAUGAAAAGCAUUGCAGAAAAUGUUUGUGUAUUUGUUAAAAUAUAUGCGUGAGGUUAACUGAUUCAUCUAUGUGCCUUUGUAAUUAAUUAUUUACCAUUACAUGAAUAAAUCUCUAACUAAG